GCCGACUUCCGGCAGCGCGACAAGAACAAGAAGAAGGACACAGGCCGCGUGUUCACGCUCAGGGGCCCGACGAAAGGUUUGUGGCAGGCAUGGCGCCUGCGCAGGAUGUUCGUCUGCUACAACGGCGGCUGGGAGCCAGUCCAGGGCUACAACUGGGGCGACGAGAACGAGGUACCCGUCCACGAGGGUGUCCUCGUGCAGCCCGCCCCUCGCGUCGUGUCCAUGCAGGAGCUGUCCCAGUUGCGGCAGAAGCGCGACCCGACGUUCUGGUCGCUGCCAGUGCUUGCGCCAGGCAUCUGGGAGUCGGACACGGGGGUGGAGCAGGGCGGCUUCGCGAACAGCUCGGCGGCGACUGGAUCGCAGGCGUCGGACCCGAUGCGCGUGGAGGUGCGCCAGCGGGAGUCGGAGCUGCAGUGA